UCGAGGCGGCCACAUGGCUCCGCUCGGCUCGCUGCUGACCUGUCUGCUGCCCUGGUACUGCGCGCUCGCCGCGGGUGGACAGAGCCCAGACCUGCAUCUGUCUGGGAAGUUCAGUGACUAUCGUGUGACCGUGCCCUGCAGUACCGACUUCCGGGGACGCUUCCUCUCCCACGUGGUGUCCGGCCCUGCUGCCGCCUCUGCAGGGACUGUGGUCAUGGACAGGCCAUCCAGCCCAGCCUCAAGCUCCGGACGCCUCCGGGUGGCUCGCAGUCCCCAGGGAGAGACCCCGAGGUCGGCCGGGUCGGGGCGCCACUCCCUCUACUUCAAUGUGACUGUCUUUGGGAAAGAGCUGCACGUGCGGCUCCGGCCUAACCGGAGGUUGGUGGCACCAGGGGCCUCGGUGGAGUGGCACGAAGAUUUUCGGGAGUUCUUCCGGCAGCCCCUGCAUCAGGAGUGCGUGUACACUGGAGGCAUCACCGGGAUGCCCGGGGCAGCCGUUGCCAUCAGCAACUGUGACGGACUGGCGGGUCUCAUCCGCACCGACAGCUCAGACUACUUCAUUGAGCCCCUGCAGCGAGGGCACCAGGCCGAGGAGGCCCGCGGGAGGACGCACGUGGUGUACCGCCGGGAAGCUGUCCGGCGGGAGCGGACAGAGCCUCACGAGGACCUUCACAAUGAAGCCUUUGGCCUGGGUGACCUUGCCAACGUGCUGGACCGGGUAGAGGACCAGCUGGGAGACGCAGAGCGGACGCGGCGACAUGCCAAGCCGGGCAGCUAUAGCAUCGAGGUGCUGCUGGUGGUGGAUGACUCUGUGGUUCGCUUCCAUGGCAAGGAGCACACCCAGACCUACGUGCUCACGCUCAUGAACAUCGUGGACGAGAUAUACCAUGAUGAGUCCCUGGGGACCCACAUGAACAUCGCCCUGGUCCGCUUGAUCAUGGUGGGCUAUCGACAGUCCCUGAGCCUGAUUGAGCGCGGGAACCCCUCUCGCAGCCUGGAGCAGGUGUGUCGCUGGGCCUUCUCCCAGCAGCGUCAGGACCCCAGCCACACUGAGCACCACGACCACGUCAUCUUCCUCACCCGGCAGAACUUCGGGCCCUCAGGCUAUGCACCUGUCACUGGCAUGUGCCACCCCCUGAGGAGCUGUGCCCUCAACCACGAGGAUGGCUUUUCCUCGGCUUUUGUGGUGGCCCAUGAGACCGGUCAUGUGCUCGGCAUGGAGCAUGACAGCCAGGGCAACGGCUGUGACGAUGAGACGUCCCUGGGCAGCGUCAUGGCGCCUCUGGUGCAGGCUGCGUUCCACCGUUUCCACUGGUCCCGCUGCAGCAAACUGGAGCUCAGCCGCUACCUCCCCUCUUACGACUGUCUUCUGGACGACCCCUUCGAGCGCGCCUGGCCGCAGCCUCCGGAGCUGCCCGGGAUCAACUACUCCAUGGACGAGCAGUGCCGCUUCGACUUUGGCGCUGGGUACCACACCUGCUUGGCCUUCAGGACCUUUGAGCCCUGCAAGCAACUGUGGUGCAGCCACCCAGACAACCCCUACUUCUGCAAGACCAAGAAGGGGCCCCCACUGGACGGGACCGAGUGCGCAGCAGGCAAGUGGUGCUUCAAAGGCCACUGCAUCUGGAAGUCGCCGGAGCAGACGUACGGCCAGGAUGGAGGCUGGAGUUCCUGGACCAAAUUCAGCUCGUGUUCUCGGUCGUGCGGAGGUGGAGUGCGGUCCCGCAGUCGGAGCUGCGACAGCCCUCCCCCAGCCUACGGAGGCCGCCCGUGCUCAGGACCCAUGUUCGAAUACCAGAUCUGCAACAGUGAGGAAUGCCCCGGGCCCUAUGAGGACUUCCGGGCGCAGCAGUGUGCCAAGCGCAACUCCUACUACACCCACCAGAAUGCCAAGCACAGCUGGCUCCCCUAUGAGCCUGAAGAUGAGGCCCAGAAGUGCGAACUGAUUUGCCAGUCUGCAGAUACAGGAGACGUGGUGUUCAUGAACCAAGUAGUCCACGACGGGACGCGCUGCAGCUAUCGGGACCCGUACAGCGUCUGUGCACGCGGCGAGUGUGUGCCUGUCGGCUGUGACAAGGAGGUGGGGUCCAUGAAGGCAGAUGACAAGUGUGGCGUCUGCGGAGGGGACAACUCUCACUGCAGGACUGUGAAGGGGACUCUGGGCAAGGCCUCCAAGCAGACAGCAGCUCUCAAACUGGUGCAGAUACCAGCGGGCGCCAGACACAUCCAGAUUGAGUUGCUGGAGAAGGCUCCCCACCGCAUUGCGGUGAAGAACCAGGUCACCGGAAGCUUCAUCCUCAACCCCAAGGGCAAAGAAGCCUCAAGCAAGACCUUCACCGGGCUGGGCCUGGAGUGGGAACGCACGCUGGAGGACACCCAGGACAGCCUGAGGACCAGCGGGCCCCUGCCUGAAGCCAUCACCGUCCUGGUGCUUCCCCCUGCUGAGGAUAGCCCUCACGGCAGCCUGGCCUACAAGUAUGUCAUCCACGAGGACCUGCUGCCCCUCAUUGGGAGCAACAACGUGCUCCUGGAGGAGACGGACAGCUAUGAGUGGGCGCUUAAGAGCUGGGCUCCUUGCACCAAGGCCUGUGGAGGAGGAAUCCAGUUCACCAAAUAUGGCUGCCGGCACCGCCGGGACCACCACAUGGUUUCACGGCACCUGUGUGAUCACAAGAAGAGGCCCAAGCCCAUCCGCAGGCGCUGCAACCAGCACCCGUGUGCCCAGCCUACCUGGGUGGCAGAGGAGUGGGGUGCCUGCAGCCGGAGCUGUGGGAAGCUAGGAGUGCAGACCCGGGGGGUACAGUGCCUGCUGCCCCUCUCCAAUGGCACUCGCAAGGCCAUGCCGGCCAAGACUUGUCCAGGAGACCGACCUGAGGCCCGCAGACCCUGCCUCCGCGUGCCCUGUCCAGCUCAGUGGCGGACAGGAGCCUGGUCCCAGUGCUCUACCUCCUGCGGAGAAGGCAUCCAGCAGCGGCAGGUGGUGUGCCGGACCAGUGCCAAUGCUCUCGGGCAGUGCGCGGGGGACGAGCCAGACACCGUGCGGGCCUGCAGCCUGCCCGCCUGUGCAGGAGAACCUCAGAACUCCACGGUGAAGGCCAAGGACUGGGACCAUGUGACCACGGAGGGUCAGUGGGAGCCCCAGACUGGGCCCCUGCCUUCCACAAACAGAAUAUCAGCAAAGCCCUGCGCGGGGGACAGAUCCAUCAUCUGUCACAUGGAGGUACUGGAUCGCUACUGCGCCGUCCCCAGCUACCACCGGCUGUGCUGCGAGACCUGCACCAGGAAGCCGACAGGCCCCGACACCAGCCUGGAGCCCCGCCUGGGCUCCCUGCCCACCUCCGCCACUCCUGACAGCCCCCUGUCGGGCCCCCAGACCGCGUCCGAGGCCGUGGAGCCCACCAGGGGGCCAGCGGGGCCUGAAGACCAUCAGCGGGGCUGGUCCACACCGCUCCCAGGACCUGUGGGUGCCAGCCCCUCGGUGACCCCGCAUUCCUUCACCCCUCAGACACCAAGCCAUGGAGCAUUUGGGGGCGCUUCUCCUGCCACCCCACAGGGACUGCCUUGGAGCUCGGCUCAGACAGCUGUGCCAGCCUCUGAGGGUCCAGGGCAGCCCAGGGAGAGCCCAAAGCAUCCGGGUACCGACAUUCCUGCCUUGGUGACUUGAGCCCUACCCCUCCCAUCGACCAGUCACGUUUACACUCUGUGUGGCCCGGUCAGAGGACACACACACACACACACACACACACACACACACACACACACACACGGGACAGGAACUAGCAUAGACUUCCUUUUAAGUUAUUUGCCUUCUUUUUCUGUUCGGGCCUCUGAUGCUCUUUACCCCAAGAAUGGGGCUGGGAGGAAGGGAAAGAUCAGGGAUUACCCUAACCGGAGAUACCUCAGCCUGGAGAAGCGGGGCUCUGCCUCUUGGGGGGCUCCCAAGGCCUCUCACAGGACCCCACCUACAGCACUCACCACCCCCAACCUAUAGCCCCUGGACCCUGGCAGGGCUGGAGCUCACGUUGGGGGUCUGUUCGACUUACAGAGGGGGUUUGCACGGGCCCCAGAUAGACAAGGGAAAGCGGGUUGCUUGCAGAGGAGGCUGGGAAAGAAACUGGGCCAGAUGUGGUGUGAGGUGAGGCCUUCUUGCUACAGAGCAGGGCAGGGGGACCCCAGUUCACCUCAGCUGUGGCUCUGCUCAGCUGAGGGCCCCCCACGAGACUUCUGCAGACAAAGGCCAGUUCAGCUGUAGCUGGGGGACAUGGGGUUCUGUCUUCUGCCACACUCUUCCCCUGUGGUUGGUCAGCUCUGUAAUUCCCAAUGAUUCCAGGUUAUCAGGCUGGCCUCCCAAUCACACAUCCAACCCGCCAGGGAAGCCAGACUCCUUGGACCCCAUGACCUCACCAUCUAGGGGGGAUUUCCAAGUGGAAAUUUGAAUCCUGCCUGGGCCAGCGACUUGAAGGAGGGUGGGGUCUGCAGACCCAAGGUUCCCCACGGCGUGCCCCCGAGGGGUCACCCUCUGCCAAAGCCUGCUCCUGCUGGAAUUGGGAGUCUUCUCUUCUUACCUGAGCUGGGCCACCCUGCGGAGCUUUGUGGGCCUUCCGAGGGGCUGCCAGGUCCCAAGGCUGAGUAGCAGAGAGUGCAUUUAACAGGCCCUGGGGAUUGGGUGACGGAUGCUGCCCCCUGCUGGGCUGAGGAGAACACGUGGAGCUCAGGUGCCCUUCAUGGCCUUCUCAGGACACAGCCCAAGUCCCCAAUCUCAGGGUCAGCAACAAAGGUGCAUCCCCACCCUCCCUCUUCAGCUGCAGGAACCUUAGGGCCUCCUGGCCUGCAAGCUCCCUGGGGAGCAGUGCCGGGACCUCUCCCCAUCACCGCCUUCCCCUCCACAGGUCACUGGGGCCCCACAGAGUCCACUCCCAUUGAGGACCAGUCUGGCCUGGGUUAAGGGAUAUAACCAUGUGCCUUGGAGAGUCAGAUGUUUGAAAUGUUAUGUAUUUAUUAACAUUGUUCUUGGUGCUUUGUUUUGACCUCCAAAA